AACUAAAAAGUCACAAUCCAAACUUCACUAUAUAUAAGCAUUUGAAAGGUAAAGGAAUCGAAGCUGAAGAAAAAAUAGGAAAGGAAAUGAGAACUGAUAUUUCAGGGUCAGGGACAGAAAAAUCAACGGCUGAAAACAUAGAUGAAUCUUCAUGGGCCACCGGAGAAGAAGAAGCUGUCAGUUCUCUCCGUCAUGGAGGGAAAGGAACGUGGAAGCACGCCGCAUUCCACGUGGCGACUACAAUCGCGACGCCAGCCGCUUACGCGCCCCUGCCCUUCGCCCUCGCCUCCCUCGGCUGGCCAAUAGGUGUUUGCAGUUUGGUGAGCGGAACAUUUGUUACUUGGUAUUCUAGUCUUCUAAUAGCAUCUUUGUGGGGGUGGAAUGGGGAGAAGCAAACUACUUAUCGGGAGCUUGGAAGAAGUAUCUUUGGAUCCUUGGGUUACUGGUCAAUCACAAUUUUCCAGCAGGUGGCUUCCGUGGGCAAUAACAUUGCCAUCCAAAUUGCUGCAGGAAGCAGCCUAAAGGCAGUUUACAAGUAUUACCACAGGGACAGUACAUUAACCUUGCAGAUAUUCAUUAUCUUUUUUGGGGCCUUUGAGCUUCUCCUAUCCCAACUCCCAGAUAUCCACUCAUUACGAUGGGUGAAUGCGCUAUGCACGGGCAGCACCAUUGGCUUUGCUGGCACAACCAUUGGCGUGACUAUCUACAAUGGGAAAAAGAUUGAUCGGAAGACAAUAAGCUAUAGCUUACAAGGAAGCUCCUCCACUAAGAUAUUCCAAGCUUUCAAUGCCCUUGGGGCAAUUGCUUUCUCGUUUGGAGACGCAAUGCUUCCAGAAAUACAGAAUACUGUAAGGGAGCCUGCAAAGAAGAACAUGUACAAAGGCGUAUCUGCCGCAUACAUGAUUAUUGUUUUGAGCUACUGGCAAUUGGCUUUCAGUGGUUACUGGGCAUUUGGGUCAUCGGUUCGGCCGUACAUUUUGGCAUCCCUCAUGAUCCCAGAAUGGACGAUUGUUAUGGCAAAUCUAUUUGCUGUGAUUCAAAUAUCAGGGUGCUUUCAGAUAUACUGCCGGCCGACUUACGCCUAUAUGGAGGAAAGAAUGCUCUCUAAGAAUAGCAGCCGUCUCCACAUCCGCAAUAUUCUGGUGCGGCUUGUUCUGACAUCAGGCUACAUGGUUCUCGUCACCCUAAUUGCUGCUGCAAUGCCUUUCUUUGGUGAUUUUGUUUCUAUCUGUGGGGCAGUUGGGUUCACCCCGCUGGAUUUUGUCUUCCCAGCUAUAGCAUAUCUGAAAGUCGGGAAAUUGCCCAAGAAGAUGGUUUUGCGUGUUCUGUUGCAGAUCCUUAACAUUGUUAUUGCUGCAUGCUAUUCUGUUGUUGCAAUCCUGGGCUGCAUUGGUGCUAUCAGAAUCAUCAUAAAGGAUGUUAAGAUAUACAAGUUCUUUCAUGACAUGUAAUACCAAUUAUCAGUGUUGUACUUAUCAAAGAAAUCAAUGCUGUAGAAGUUAUUGUGCAUCCGCUGUUGAAAAUGCGGGGCAUUCAAGAAAUGGGUAAAAUUUUGAUGGGAGCAUUUUGGGAAUA